ACAUCCCAAAGCGGGCGAUGAAUGACUCCAAUCCCGAUCCAUCCCGUGUCUUCCUCCCCUCUCUCUGCUGGGGUGAUUACUCCAUCCCUGCAAGGUCCCUCCAGAGCCUCACACACACUGGCCAAGAAACAAAACACUCCAAACUCAGUCUGAGGGGUCCAGCAUGGAGGUGCUGGUGUUUGCCGUCAGCCUUUGAGUUGGAAUAAAAGAACCAGGAAGCUGGAUGGAGCAUCCUCUCACUCUGACAUCAGCAGCAGGUUAACCAUGGAGUUUGGAAGAGUUUGGUCCAGAUAUCAGAGAACUUUGCUGAUUACUAUGAUGAUGGUCAAGUUAGGCCUUCUGUGCACGGCAGCAGCAGACAGAUGCUUGUCAUCUCCCUGUAAAAACGGUGCGACGUGUCUUUACCACGAGGGGGACUAUGUGUGCGUGUGCCCCAAAGCUCCUGUCAGGUACACAGGCAAACUCUGUGAGGAUCUGUAUGACGCCUGCAGCACGGCCUCCUGCACAAACUGCACCAGCCAACCGGGGUCGGACGAGUUCCUCUGCCACUGCCCAGACGGCUACACAGGUCCCAGCUGUGAGCAGGAAGUGGAUGAAUGUCACAGCAACCCCUGCAAAGGGGUCCGGUCUUACUGCGUGGACAGUGCAAGCAACUAUUCGUGCCACUGUCCCGUCGGCUGGGCGGGUGAGGACUGCCGGGAGAACGUAACCACCUGUUUGACGCACACGUGCCAGAACGGUGGCGUCUGCGUGGACGUUCCUGACACGGGGCACCAGUGUCAGUGUGUUCCUGGAUACCAGGGGGAACACUGUGAGGAGAAUGUGGAUGAGUGCUGGUCUGAGCCCUGCCAGAAUGGGGCCAUCUGCAAAGACGGGGUCAACGGCUACCAGUGCUUCUGUGUGCCUGGAUUUCAGGGUUCCCACUGCGACCUGGACAUCAAAGAGUGCGCCUCUCAACCCUGUCAGAACAACGGCACAUGUCUGGAUGAGGUGGAUCACUACAUCUGUGAAUGUGCUCCAGGUUUUGAAGGGAUUAACUGUGCGGUGGAGAUCGACGAGUGUGAGCUCCACCCCUGUCAGAAUGGUGGCAUCUGCAUUGACCACAUCGCCAUGUACUCCUGCCAGUGCACGGCCGGUUUCCAAGGCCAGGACUGCGAGGUCAACAUUGAUGAAUGCGCAAGCACGCCCUGUUUGAACAGCGGCAGGUGCAUCGAUGGCAUCAACAGCUAUGAGUGUGACUGCGAUGGAACGGGGUUUGAGGGCGACCACUGUGAAGACAACAUCCAAGAGUGUGCGUCCGACCCCUGCCAGCAUGGAUCCACGUGCUUAGACGGCAUCAACCAGUACGAGUGUGUCUGCUGGCCAGGCUAUGAGGGGGAGAACUGUCAGGUGGAUAUCAAUGAGUGUGAGCAAAAUCCUUGUGACAAUAGUGGCACGUGCUUCCAGCGCUCAGACGUCCAGAACUACAGGAAGCUCCCUGAACUCAGCACCACCACGUUCAGCUAUGACAUCGCAGCUGGCUUCAUCUGCCUCUGCAUGCCUGGAUUUACUGGCCACAACUGCUCUGUCAAUGUGGAUGAAUGUGGGUCUGCUCCGUGUCAGCAUGGGGGAAGCUGUCAGGAUCUGGUCAACUCUUAUCGAUGUUUGUGUCCAGACGGCUUCACAGGUGUCCAUUGCGAAGAAGACAUCAACGAGUGUGCCAGCGAUCCCUGCAGGAACGGAGCCACCUGCGAAGACGCAGCCAACUCCUACAAAUGCCACUGCCCCAAAGCGGAGGUUGGUCAGGAGCCCUGGGGGGGUCGGGACUGCGACGUCAGACUGGUCGGCUGCCUGCAGCACCGGUGUCAGCACGAGGACAGCUGUGUGCCCGUCCUGAAGGACGAUGGAGCACACAGCUACGUGUGCGUGUGCCUGCCUGGCUGGAGCGGAGAGCUCUGCAACACCUCCACCACUUUCUCCUUCGCCUCCGAGGGCUACAUCCACCUGCGCCUGCCGGGUUUCAAGAACAGGACCCAACGAGGGGCGGAUGAGAAAAGGCCGAGACUCCACGUGCAGCUCCGCUUCAGGACCACUUUACCAGACAUGCUGCUGCUCUACAGAGGCGGCGCAGGGAUCUUUUUCACUCUGGAGUUAGUCCAAGGCUCCCUCCAGGCUCGGGUGAAGUCAACAAGAACCCUGCAGGUCUCUCAUCCUGGCCCGGUCAAUGAUGGGAGAUGGUACCAGGUGUCUUUGGCCGUAGAUGAAAGACUGGUCAUGACUGUUACAGGCCCGAACUGUGAAAAAGGAUGCCAGGUAAAGACUCUGGGUCAGAACCACCUGAUCUUUCUCCACCUCAGCUACUUCCAGGAGCUGUAUGUUGGAGGAGUGCCACAGGAAUACCUGACCAACUCAAUGAGCGGGAAGGGAUUCAUCGGCUGCAUGGAAGACCUUGAAGUCGACCACAAACUCCUGCUGCCCCAAGAUCUCAUCAGGGAGGACAACAAAGACAUGAAACUGGGAUGCUACAAAAAGGAGUGGUGUGAGGAGGACCCGUGCAUGCAGCGGGGACAGUGCGUGGACAUGUGGGUCCGUGCCAGCUGCUGGUGCCACCGGCCUUUCUACGGAGAGCGCUGUGAAGGAGAAUAUCCGUCGUGGACGUUUGGCCAUGAGAACACCAGCAGCUACUCCGUCUUUAACAUCUCAGAGAGUCACGGUCAAAACUUCACUCUUUCCUUUUUGAUGCGCUCCCUCAAACACAGCGGCCUGCUGCUGCAGUUCCAGCGAGAGGAAAAGCCUUAUCUGAGCAUCUAUCUGAAGGAGGGCAGUGUGGCUCUCUACAGCCCUACGGUCUACACCACUCUGCUGUUAGAAGCCAGAUCAAUCACCGACGGGAGCAAUCACUUGGUGACUAUAAAGGUUCACAACGGCCAUGUGGACUUCCCUAAAGCGGGACAUCAUCGCGCCUUAGGGAAUGUGAGUGUGGAGGCGGGAGAUGUGGCCUUUGUUGGAGGGCUCCCUGCAGGCAAGAGCGUGAAGGCCUGGGGUGGACACUUCAAGGGCUGCCUGCAGGACAUUCGGCUGGACCACAAACAUCUGACUGCAGGCGCUGCUCCAGACGGGCUGGAGGUUUAUCAAGGCAGCUCAGAGAACGUGCUGCAAGGAUGCCAAAGUGACAACACCUGCAAGGUUAAACCCUGCUUCAAUGGAGGACAGUGUCUGGUCACGUGGAACGACUUCAGGUGUAACUGCCCUCACAACUUCUCCGGCCAGCGGUGUGAGACGCGUUUGUGGUGCAUCGAGAAGCCUUGUGUUGAUGGAGUGCACUGCAAGGAUCUGCAAGAUGGAUUUGAAUGUUUGGGUGAAGCCACCUUCCAAGACAACUCCCUGCUGUUUUCUGCUGAUAGCUCUCUGCAGAGCCCUGUCAACAACAUCACCAUUGAAUUACGCACACGGGAUGAGACUGGGAUCCUGCUGCGGUCUGAUGGCGGGUCGGAAGUCUUCUGCCUGGGCCUACUCAACUCCAGUCUUCUUAUCAAACUGGACAGUGGCGCUGGGGCCCCACUGCUGGCCUUCACGAGUGACAGGACGAUCGCAGACGGGGCGUGGCACCACAUCCUGCUCAGCAUGGUGGAGCCUGCACAGCCACUGUCUCGCUGGAGCCUCACAGUGGACGGACAAAGAGCUGGUGUGAGCUUUGAAGCAGGAGGAAACCUCAACUUCCUCAAUAGAAGCAACAUUUUGCUAGCAGAAAGAUUUACCGGAUGCUUAGGGGAGGUGAGAGUGGGUGGUGUCUACCUGCCACUGGUGAACGUAACAGGCGCUCCCCAGCAGAGUCAGUUCACUAGACUGGGAGGACAUGAGCCAAACAUUGGUUGCCAAGGUGCUCCAGUUUGUGACUUGAAACCCUGUCUCAAUGAUGGCGUCUGCCAGGACCACUUCAAUGACUUUAACUGCAGCUGCCCAUCAGGAUGGGAGGGGGAGCUGUGUGAGGCUCAGACAGAUGAAUGCUCCUCAUCUCCAUGUCUCUACGGAAAGUGCAAAGACCUCCUGGCAGACUACCACUGUGACUGUGAGCCUGGAUACAAAGGAAAAAACUGUGAGGAAGAGGUGGACAACUGCCUGGAGUUCACCUGCGUCAACGGAGGGCGCUGUGAGGAAUCUGCUGGAACUCAUAGCUGUUCCUGUCCUCCUGGCUUCAAGGGGAAACGCUGUCAGUGGCGUUUCCCUCCAGUUGCAUGCGAUGCAAACACUAAGUGUUUCAAUGACGGAGUUUGUGUUGGAGGCGAAUUUGGCGGCAACUGCUCCUGCAAACCUGGAUAUACAGGCGUCAGGUGUGAGGCAGAAAUAGACGAGUGCAGUUCCAAUCCUUGCCUGAACGGGGCGACCUGUCAGGAUCGAUUCAACCACUUCAAGUGUGUUUGUGUCCCGGGCUUUAGUGGAAGACUGUGUGAGAAUAAUAAGGAGGAGCAUAGGGAGCGAGUCCCGUGGCUGGCAGUGACCAUCCCGCUGACAACCCUGUGUGUGCUCCUGGCCAUCCUCAUCGUCUUCUUCCUCGUGAUGACGGCGCGAAAGAAGCGCCAGUCCGAGGGCACCUACAGCCCCAGCUCCCAGGAGGUGGCCGGCGCCCGUCUGGAAAUGGGCAGCGUGCUCAAAGUGCCUCCGGAGGAGAGGCUGAUCUGACCCCCAGCAGCCCUGGAUCCCCAUAUCCCACUUUAAAUUGCACGUCAAAGGCAGACAGAGCUGUGCGGUGUUGUGUUGCUGCAGAGACGAUUUAGGUCAGGGAGGACUCCGACAAGUGUACGGGUGAAGAAAAAACACAUCUCAGAGAGUCUGGAGCGUCCCUGGUCCUGCACGAGUAAGUCUUAAAUGGAGAGCACAGAACUAUUUUGCUCAUGAAGAAGGUGACAAAAUCUGACCGGGAGGAAUAUUUUCUGCACCAACAAAUUUUCAGGGAGCUGCCUCAUUUUAUGGGAGACAAAAAAAAAGAUCCUGAACAAUCUGCUGCACUGAAUUUAUUUUUGUAAAAGUUUGAUUUUGUAAAAUGUAGCCUCAAGAUCCGUCGGAAGACAAACAGAGGAGGAGCCUUUGAUGGAUUCAAGGAUAGAAGCUGACCAAAAACAGGAAUGUGUGGGUGGAAACCUCCAACUUCCCAAAAAAACCAGCUGUAAUAGACCUUCAAUGUGCACACGGCCGAGCCUCCCAUCCCGUACUGUUUUGUGUCUUCAUUGUGUUCCGUGUUUGUAAAUGUCAUGUAAAUAUAAGUGGGUUAUUUUCAAAAGCGGCAAUUAUGGCCAAAGGAGGUUCUGCCAGCGUCUGUGAGUGUAAAGACUUCCAGCAGCAAAAACGAACAUUUGAAUGUUGCAAAGGUAAAAGAUUUGAGGUAUAUUUUGUUUCUGGAAGCUGGAGCUAAAAGAAAAAAAUGUGCUCUUAGGUUCCAACUUGAAGGCAGGACAAACUUUGAGGGACCUUAACAGACGUGGUUUAAGCGGCUGUGCUAGGUUCAAUGCAAUCAUGUAAAUACCAGCGUCAGCUCCACGUAUCACUGCACUGGAAAGCAGGGCUGAUGGACAAACACAAGAGAUGACUCAAUCUUAUGAGUGUCUUAUGUAUAGUGAAAAUAGAUCAUUCUAAUUUAUAGAAGUUUAUCGUAUUUUUUCAUAGAAAAUGUUUUCUUGCCAGGAAUUCUGCUUUUCUCUUGUUUUAAAUCAAAUUAUUGGUAACUCCUGACUAUAGCUGAGCACAUGUUCUUGUCCAUCAUGUGCAUCAAAGUUUAAAUAAAAUGUCCUGUAGCUACUGAGAUGCAAUUUAAUUGGAAAACAAUUAAUGUUGUUGACAGAAACUUCUAUUCUUAGAGUUUGCAUUUGAAGUCUGAUGCCACUGUAUUCAUUUGAAUUCCUCAAAAGGUCUGGGCCCUCACUUGCCUUUCACUCUGUGCUUACUCACACUGCCAAGGUGACCAAACCACUGAACCGCCGUGCUUUCACGCUUAAAAACAAAGGUGCUUCUCUGACCUGCAUGACAUCGGAUGCACUGCACGGCUUCUUGCCAAUAGGAAUGUACCACCAGUCACCAAACUGGGAGGUAAUUCAGUCAGUAUUAUCAAAUGGAGUGAUUUUAAAAGGGAGAAAGGCCGGAUCGGGAUCCUGUUGUGUGGAAUUGUUGCUGAACUUGUGAACGUGGUUUUGACAAACCCAGGUGACUCUGCUCUGCUGACGUACAAAUGUUAGAGCAGACAAAUCUACUCUCGUUCUUUUUCUUGUUUUUUUUGUUUUGUUUUGUAGGUUGUGUUUGCACUACAGAGUACCUUGAUGAGUGAGUGAAAACCAUUGACUGUAUAAGAGAACUGGACUGAGUAACCCCUCCCCCCUCGUGCUCCAAACAAAAAGUGCCCGCUGGUUCCAAGAAGCCAAAAUCCCUUACAAUAGAGAAAUACUAAGUCAUUCUUUUUGUCAUUCUUGCUUUGAUACAUUUUUUAACAUGUUAGUUUUUCAAGCUUUAAACCGACCAAUCAGAUACUUCGAUAUAAGUAGGUGGUCUCACAUCAAGCCCACUUUCAAGUGGUAAGGACUUCCUGCAAGCUAACACCUGUUUACAAAUGUCAACUGGUUCCAACAUGGCAGCGUUCAUCUCGCAAACAAAUGGCGACUCAGUUGACUUUAUUUUCCUGGAGUUAGAAUUAAACCCGUUUUAAUGGGUGAUGUCACACAAACUCAGUCCGGUUCUCUUAUACAGUCAAUGGGGAAAGCAUGAACUUGAUAAAAAUGUUGUUUGUAACUUUUAAAGGUUUUAUGAAAAAAUUUUCAGGACGACUGUUUUUCUCUACAAACCUCCGACCAACUAGUGCUUUCUGUAGAAGACACUACAGAUGAAAUCUUGUUGUUCCUCAAAAAGAUCUACUGUUAAUAUAUAGGAACUUUGCAUUACUGAGCACAAGCAAGUUUUUUUUUUUUUUUUUUAAUCUGGGCCUUAUUCUGGACAAACAGAAUGGAAAAGGCCAAAACGUCUCACCUGUGUUUGCUGUCUGUUGAAGCCAAUUCCAACAUGUUUUUUUUCUUAUAUCCUUUGUGGCUUGACAUAUUCUGGAUAGUUCAGAUUCAUUUUCUUUUGUUUACUUGUCAUUCAUGUGCAAAUGAGAAAUAAAUGAGGAACAUAAAUAAUCAGGAAGGAGUUUUUUUUUUUCCCACGUGUAGCUAUUGUAGUCAGUAACAGAAAAACCGUAAUGCUUCAUCUAAAAAGCAGAUGAUGUGAUUUUGUGUGGCUUCACAAAACCAGUUUGUUCCAUGCUGUAGUAUUGUUUAGUGGACAGCAGAGGGCACUGCUCUGACAUGCAUGUGAAAAAAGCAUCAAACCAGACACAGAAUCGCCAAGACAAGUCAUCACUACGACAUUAUAAAACAAGGUCUUAUAUUUUUUUUAAAAAUGUGUUAUCUGUAGGAAAGAAGUUGUCUGUCGGUGAAGAUUUCCCUCAGUGAAAACAUUUUUGCUGACAGAUAUUUUUUCUGCAGUUACAAACCAGUUUCACACAAAUUUCUUGUUUCAGCUGCAAACUGUUUUACAGACUCACACAUCUAAAAAAUCUUUUUACAGAUGGACAAUUUCUCCUCUGC